CCCCCAAGGCCACCCCUAGAACCGCCCUUUUAUAAAAUUUUAACUAUCUAUUAUGAAAUAAAUAAUUUCACCAGUAACAGGAGCGUCUAAGGAAAAGUCUUGUAAGAUGGAGCCGUCGUUCAGUCGAUCACCGCAGAGUCUGGUAGCUGAUAUUAAAAGCCAAUCACUGGGACAGUUGUAUAUCUCCACUCCAGCUUGGUCUUUAGGAAUAAUUGUUACUUCUCUUGGUAUGCGUGGCGAUGUCUGCGCAAGCAGGUGGGAUUUUAGCCCCCGUCGCAUAUGGUGGUGCCUGGAACCCUUACAGUUCAUAUCCUGCACAACCAGCGAUCGCCUCUCAGCACUCUAACAUACUUAGAUCGCCUUUCAACUUGGGACAGGUAUCAACCUACUCAAAAGCAAUUGACACACCCUUCUCGAGUGUUCGUAAAUCUGACAUACGCGUCAGCAAUCCGGGCGUAGCUGUGGCCCCUGCCUAUGGCGGUAUUGCUGCUCCGGCUUAUGGUGGCAUUGCUGCUCCAUACGUGUCACAUGUGGGUGUGGCCGCGCCUGUUGCUAGGGUUGCUGCUGCCGGUGGACUUCUUGGUGUUGCAUACUCAGCGGCACCAGCUGUGUCCCACAUGACCUACACGAACGGACUCGGUCUCGCUUACGCUUGGUAAACGUGGAAAUAAAAGUGAAUAGUAUUACAGUAAUUAUUAUGUACCUACAAAUGCACUGAAAGAUUCUCCUAUAUUUAUUACCUUAUA